AUGCACGGUUCCCUCCUCACAAUUGCUCUGUUGAGCUUCGGUCUCUGUAGCUCUGCAUAUGUGCUACCUAGAGACUCAGGUCGAACCAGCGCCCCAUCCGGGUGUUCCACUGUAGGCAAGUCUGGCGAUUAUUCAACCAUCAGCGAUGCUCUGGGUGCUCUAGGCUCAUCAACGGCGGACGCAUGUAUUUACAUUGCAGCUGGCACGUACGAGGAGCAGCUGACUAUUGACUAUGCGGGCCACUUGACAUUAUAUGGGGAGACAAAUGAUACAGAGACCUAUAAGCAGAAUACGGUCACUAUCACUCAUACCAUAUCGUCUCCAGAAUCAGGCUCCCUCGAUAGCAGUGCUACUGUCAAUAUCAAAUCGGACGUGGUUUCGGUGUACAAUAUCAACAUAGCGAAUGGAUAUGGAAAAGGCGCGCAGGCCGUUGCCCUCGUCGCCCAGGCCGACCGACUUGGAUUUUACGCAUGUCAAUUCACGGGGUAUCAGGAUACGCUGUAUGCGAAAUCGGGCCAUCAGUAUUAUAUCAAUUCUCGAAUUGAAGGCGCGGUCGAUUAUAUCUUUGGCGACGCCUCUGCGUGGUUUGAAAAUUGCGACAUAGUCUCAAAUGGUGCUGGCUACAUCACUGCUAUGUCGCGUCAGACCACUUCUGAUACUGCGUGGUAUGCCAUCGACCAUUGCAACAUCAAAGCAGCGUCAGGAGUAGAUCUGACUGGUGAUGUCUACCUGGGCCGACCCUGGCGAGUCCUCGCCCGCGUGAUCUAUCAGUACUCAGUCCUACCCGAUAUUAUCAACGCCAAAGGUUGGCAUCCCAUGGCAGAUGGUGCGACGCCUCUCUAUUAUGAGUUCAACAAUACUGGUGCUGGAUCCGACACGUCAGAACGAGAGUAUCUGAGCACCAUUGAUGCGGCUGUGACAAAAGAAACAGUCUUGGGAGAUGACUACAAAGACUGGGUCGACUCCAGUUACUAG